AUGGAUAAGCUUGACAAAAUUAUUGAAUAAUUAGAUGAAUUAGAAAUUAGUCAAAAACAUAGAGAAGAGUUACUCAAACGGAAUCAAACUACAUUUCUACUUAAAUUACCGAAAGUAUCCAACCCAAUUUUAUUUAGGUCAUUCUAAUUUAGAGAGUAUGUGGAUUUUUAGAUGAUAAUGAUCUAUAUAGAUUUACAGCAACAUGUUCUACUCUUAGAAAAAUUAUGUUUUGUCCAUUAGGAUUUAAAUUGUUGAUGCUCAGUAGAAAUGCUAAUCAUUUAGUUGGUGGACCAAAACAUUAACAAAUACAACUCAAACAUGAAAAAAUUGGUAUAAUAACAUGUGGUAAUUUGUCAACCAAUAAUAACACCUUUGAAACAGAAGAAGAUGCUCUUUGUUAAUUAGAAGUCUUAAAAGCAGUUAAGGAUUUUUUAACUAACAAAUUAUAAGAUUCAUAGGCAACAAUUAAAAAAUUAGAAGAUAUUUUAGAAGAUGCUUAAGCUACUCUUAAAUAUGAAAAAUCAGUCAAUCUGAAACUCUAAUCUAAGAUUAAUAUAUUGUAGAAUCAACUAUCGAUUUCAGAAUUGUAAAGAUAAGAUGUUAAGGAAAAUUUAGCAGAAUUGAAUUCUAAAUACAAUAAAAUAGUAAAUAAUUUUUACAUUAAUUUUUAUAGAUCACAUAAAUGGAAUAAGAUAAAAUAGUAUUAUUAGAAGAUAAAGAGAAAUUACUAGGACAUAAGAAAGUAUUAAUUGAAGAAGUGUAUAGAUUGAGAGGACUUGUAUCUUAGAUGGAAUAAAAUUAAAAUAAUUAUAAAGAAGCUUUAAGAUAGGUUAAAACCUUUAUGGAAAGUGUAGAAGUAAAACCAAUUUGAAG